AUGCAACUUCGCCUGCCGCAGCAUUUUGCCCUGCUCCAGCGUCAACAUCUUGGCAAAGUCGUCCUGUUGGCUGCUGAGAGCCUCGGCAAGCUGCACAACGCGUCGCUGACGUUCUUGCAGCGGCACGGCAGCCCAUGCUGGAGCAGCUCGCCUGGCAGCAUCGACGGCGGCUUGAACAUCAUUUUGUGUGCUGACCGGCACUGGUGGCAGCUCCUCAAUGCGUGCAGGAUUGAUUCCGUGACGAGUAGCUGCCGUGGAGGCGAGCUUUCCGUCAAUGACGUUCCAAAAUUUGUCAAAAGUGACGGCAGACAUUGUGCUUUCGGCGGCGUGAGUUUGCGGGUGAACAAAUUGUGA